GCUUGAAAUCGCCGAGGAUUCACUGACCGAGGCCUCGGGCCGGCGCUGCCGCCAGCCCGGGAGAGCAGCGCAGCCCCGGUGCGGCAGCCAGGCUGGGUGACCGGGCUGUGCCCAGUGCCGUGUGCUCGUGCUUCACUUGAAUCGCGUAUGGAAGGGUUCUGAGAGCCACGGGUGACGUUUAUAAAACGGGACAAAAGAAUGUGAUAGUACAGUAGCCAUGAGCUUCAACAGGUGGAGGAUUUUCAGAUUACAAGAAUAGAAACUUUACUGUCAAAAGUAUCUGGUGUGCAAAAGGAAGCUCGAAAGUAAAAAGGAGGCAUUGCUAAUCCUUUCCAAAGAGCUAGACACCUGUCAACAGGAAAGAGACCAGUACAAGCUUAUGGCCAACCAGUUGCGGGAACGACACCAGUCUCUGAAAAAGAAGUAUCGGGAGCUGAUUGAUGGGGAUCCAUCGCUUCCACCUGAAAAGAGGAAACAGGCAAAUCUUGCUCAACUACUGAGUGAGGCUCAAGAUCGAAAUAAACACCUUGGAGAAGAGAUUAGAGAGCUUCAGCAGAGACUGGGAGAAGUACAAGGGGACAAUAAGCUCCUUCGAAUGACUAUAGCAAAGCAAAGACUUGGAGAUGAUGAAGUUGGGGCUCGUCACUUCGCAGCACAUGAACGGGAAGACCUUGUUCAACAGUUGGAGAAGGCUCGAGAACAGAUUGAGACUCUGAGAUAUGAUCUUCAGGCUGCACUGGAUGAGUUACAUGAUGUGAAAGAGGAACGUUCUUUUUACCAAGAUAAGUCUGACAGACUAAACCAAGAGCUGAAUCAUGUCUUAGGAGGGCAUGAAAACCGUAUCAUCGACGUAGAUGCUUUAUGUAUGGAGAACAGGUACCUUCAAGAGAGAUUAAAACAACUUCAAGAAGAAGUCAACCUUCUUAAGUCUAGUAUUACUAAAUAUAAGAAUGCACUAGAGAGACGAAAAAAUUCAAAGACUCAUAGUAGAUCCAGUAGCAGUGCUUUGACUGGAGUCCUUUCUGCAAAGCAAGUCCAAGAGUUGUUGUCGGAGGAUCAUGGAUGUAGCCUACCAGCCACACCACAGUCCAUUUCAGAUCUCAAAUCACUGGCCACUGCAUUGCUGGAAACCAUCCAUGAAAAAAACAUGGUCAUACAACAUCAAAGACAAACCAACAAAAUUCUAGGUAAUCGAGUGGCAGAACUAGAAAAGAAAUUAAGAACUUUGGAAAUUGCUGGCUUGUGGAGGCUUCCAGGCCUGAGCUACAAUGUCUCAGUGGGAUUUGGGAGUGGAAAGGAUACGAUAACAUUCAGUGACCCAACCUUGCCUGUGCUGCAGCGCUCCAGGUCACCAUUGUCUUUUGCUGAUAAGCCACAGAAAGCUGAAGUACGAGCAGAACAGAAGGGAGAAUGUGAUGAAACUUGUGCUGUUGCAAGUGAUUCUCCAGCUCCAGAGGGAACAAAUUUAAAUAACAGAAACAAAAAUAAACAUUUUUAUCCUUCGUUGCCCCAGCUACCUUCUGAGGAAGAAGAAAUAAACAGGCUUGGAAGUCAGAUAAUUAAACUGACAGUUGCGGAACUGGAAGGGAAAAGAGCAGGCACUUCUGCAGGGGAGCAGAACGUGGUAGUUGGAGCAGAGCUUAAUGGUUCAUCAGAGGGAGAGUUCCCACUUUCCAGCCCUGACCCAUCCGACCCCACAGAUCCCUCAAACUCUGAGAAUGAACAAACAGGUGAAACCGAGGCCCUGAAAGACAAUGAUGAAACCUCAGAGAGCAACUGUGAAAUUCCAAAUGAAAGAGGGGAUCAAAAUAGCAGCUCCGUGGAUGUGGUGCCUGCUGAAGACCCUGGAAGGCAUGGAGGGCUCAGUGUUACAACUGCAGACACAAAUAACAGCUUUGAGGAGCUCUCUGAAUCUGAAAACAAGAAACCAUCUGAUGCUGCCAAAAACUGUGAAUAUUUGGAUAACAGUUUUGCUUGAGCUCAUCUCAUGAAAAUGAAGGGAGUUAUUUCACCAGAUACUGAGAACCCAAUUUAAUGAAGCUCUGAAGGAAAUAUCAUCAGAGAAACCAGAAGUCUUACUGAGUGAAACAGCAUUGCUGUUCCAAAGCAAGGAAAACAGCAAGAGGAGAACCAGUGAUGCCCUGUCCACCUACUUGGCUCUCUCAGUUACUGGAAUUGCAUUCUUCAACUUACAGGAGCUGGAAUAGCCCUCAAGCUGAGUUAACAGGUGGUAGAUUUCAGCCAACUCCAUCUGUGUUCUUUCUAAAGGAAUCUGUGUCUUUUUUUUUAUUUUCCUAUGAUUUGGAAUUAAGGAUAACUCUUCCUUUCCUCCUCAUUUCACAGUCUAUGGUAUGGUAGAAGGAUUAUUUGCAUUGUUGCCACUUUCUUAAACUUCUUCUUUUGAAGAUGUUUAGUCAUAGGAAAAUAUUCCUA